AUGUCGUCCACCAGCAACGCCUCCAUUGACAAGUUCAACGGAGACAAUUACGCAACGUGGAGCCGGUACAUGCGCGGUGUGUUUUUGACGAAGUCCGUCUGGCACGUUGUCAACCGUGAAGUGACUCCGACUUUCACCGACCCGCGAGCGUCCGAUGACUACGUCAAGGCAAGCAACGUCGCGUUUGGUAUGAUGCUGCUGCACAUGAACGCGGACUACCAUCAUGUGCUGGACAACUGCGAGGAAGCCUGGGUUGCGUGGACAAGUCUGAAGACGCUGUACGGUGGGUCGCAGAAGGCAGGACGCAUCUACCUCAAGCGACAACUUUUCAGUAUCAAGAUGGCUGAAGGCGCGAACGUCAUGCAUCACUGCAACGAGGUCCUCAACAUCUCCGCCAAGCUUAGCGGCAUCGGUGCGAAGAUGGAAGACGAAGACGUUGCAAUUUGUCUGCUACUCAGUCUUCCGAAGAGCUACGAAAAUGUGGUGCUCAACAUGGAAAUGAGCAGCACCGAGCUUCGCACUCAAGAUGUGGUGAGAGUCCUGACGAAUGAGCAUGCCAAGCGUCAAGGAGAAAAAGGGACAACGACAGCGACUACGGUGAAGGCUGAAGAUGCAAGCAAGGCAUUCAGCGCCGAGCGUGAGCCCUACCAAUGCACGUAUUGUGGCAAGGUGGGACACACGGUGGAUCGUUGCUGGACAAAGCAGAAGAACGAAGGUCGGGGAGCCCGACGCGGCAGCAAUGGUCGUGGACGCGGGGGCUAA